GGCGCGGGCGGGCGGGCCCGGCGGCAUGAGCCCGGCGGCCUGAGGGGCGCGGAGCGGGGCUCGCCGCGCUGCCUGGCUCCUCCCAUGGCAUGAGCCCCCGCUCCCCUCCUCCCGCCGCCCGCUCCCGGCCUCUCCCCGCGGCCGGGCUGUCAGAUGGGCCAGGCGGCCGCCGGCGCCCAGGGUUGAAGAUGGGCCCCCCGCGGCGGGCCGGCCGGCGCUGGGACCGCCGCUCCUCCGUGCUGCUCCUGGCGCUCUGGCACUGCUGGCUCUGGCCGGCCGGCGCCGACAACGCGAGCCAGGCGUACUACACGGCCCUCAUCAACGUGACGGUGCUGCACCCCGACCGGCCGGGCCCCACGCUGCUGCGCCUCGACCGCGGCCGCUACGGGCAGGACUCGCCCAAGGUGGAGGUCAAGGGGCUGCUGGUGGCGCCGGUGCCCAUUAACGGAGUUGCAGAUCGCCUGGGCUGUGACCCUCGAACACGUUUCCAAGUUCCACCAAACACCAAGCAGUGGAUCGCUUUGCUACAGCGAGGAAACUGUACAUUUAGAGAGAAAAUACUGCGAGCAGCCUCGCAUAAUGCCACAGCUGUGGUCAUUUAUAACAAUAUAUCCAGUGAAGAACCAGUCACUAUGACUCAUCAAGGAACUGGAGAUAUUGUUGCUGUCAUGAUUACAGAAUCAAAGGUUAAGGAGAUUCUGAAUUAUUUGGAAAAGAAUAUCUCUGUCUUGAUGGCAAUAGCAGUGGGAUCCCGCGUUCCUCCAAAAAACUUCAGUCGGGGCUCUCUAGUCUUUGUAUCAAUAUCAUUCAUUGUUUUGAUGAUAAUUUCUUCAGCAUGGUUAAUAUUUUACUUCAUCCAGAAGAUCAGGUACACAAGUGCACGUGACAGGAAUCAGCGUCGUCUUGGAGAUGCUGCCAAGAAAGCCAUCGGUAAAUUGACAACCAGGACAGUAAAGAAGGGUGAUAAGGAAACAGACCCAGACUUUGAUCAUUGUGCUGUCUGCAUUGAGAGUUACAAGCAGAACGAUGUUGUCCGCAUUUUACCAUGCAAGCAUGUUUUCCACAAAGCCUGUGUGGAUCCAUGGCUUAGUGAGCACUGUACGUGUCCCAUGUGUAAACUGAACAUUUUGAAGGCCCUGGGAAUUGUGCCAAACGUGCCAUGUACAGAUAAUGUAGCCUUUGACAUGGAAAGGCUCACCAGGGGCCAGCCAGCUAACAGACGAUCAGCACUUGGUGAUUUUGCCAAUGACAGCUCUCUCAGCCUGGAGCCCCUGCGCACGUCUGGGAUGUCACAGCUUCCACAGGAUGGAGAACUGACUCCAAGGUCAGGAGAGAUCAACAUUGCGGUGACAAGCAGUCAUUUCUUCCAUCGUAAUUCUCUGUCUCCCCGAAGCCUGGUCUACGAGAGUGAAUUCUCAGCGAUGGAGCCUGCUUUGGACAUGUAUGACGAGAACAAGACCUGAAAGGAAUCCGUGUUCCUUCUUGGCCCUUUUUCCGUUUUUUUCAUUUAUCAUUCCUAUUGUUGUGUACUCUUUCCAUGGAUCUCCUUUGUCUGAAGAAGAGCUGCUUUUUCCAGAACACAAACCCGUCUUCUAGAUUACAAAGAUGAAGACCAGCAGCGGUGGUUUCAGAAGGUGGCGUCUUUGAGCUGACAAGGUGUGCGCAAGCAAGGUUGUCUGAUGGAAAUUGCUGAGUAACAGCAUGGGGAGCUGUGUCAGUCCAGCCGAGGACAUGGCGAGAUGGAGGAGGCUUUCCGGUGGUCCUAAGAGUUUGGUGUGUGCUGCACGUGCGUCUCUUAAAUAGGUGUAGGCUGCUUCCAUUUUUAAAAAUUGUGCAGGUGUUUGGGCAACGUCAGAAAGGGAGUAAGUUGCAGAGGAGAUGGCAGGUGACUGGUAAAAGCACUCCAUAUCUCUCACUCAAUCCAUAACCUUACUGUGAAAUAUCCCCUUUUGAAAGGGACCUUUAUAAGCGCAUUGAGUUUCCUACAACCCAUUUAACCCAGGCAGUAGCAAGCUGGUCAGAUGUUAAAGCAGCAGAGAGGACCUGCGUUUGCAGAAAGAUUUCAAGGAACUUGAAGCUUCAGAUUUUUCUCCAUUUCCAUUGAAGCAGGUGAGAAAUGGCCUACACAGCAAAUGCCCCUGAUCCUCCAUGUGCUCCAGUCGGGUGAGUCUCUUGCUGUAGAGAUGCUGCCACCAUUCAUAGGACCAGCACUUGAUCUUCCUUAAAAUCAUUAGACUUUUUGAAAUAUGCAGGAGCCUAAUUAGCUCUCUUUCUUGCUUUGCUUUUUUGUUUGUUUGUUUUUAAAAAAAGUCCACCAAAAUUUUCACAGUGAUUUUUUUUAAAAGCCAGCAUGUUGGCACUACACAGAGAAGAAAAGAGGUAAGCUUCUUACCCUGUUCUCCCGUUGAGAUCUGCAACAGUAAACUAACAGACAUAUUCCCUAAGCCGUGCCCUUUCCCUCCAACAUCAAUAAUGUGAAUGCAGAAAGCAGAAGAAUAAAGGAAAGCAGCGACCGCUUUGACACUCAGCAGGAAAAAUAAGUUUUUACCGGCGUGUGACAAAAGCGACAGGGCAACGAAGAUUGUUUUCAAGCUUUUGCAAGAGCAGCACCGAAAUGGAAGUGAGAGGGAGAACCUCUAGAAUUUUUUUAAAGAAGUCCACAGUGUUCCUCCGGAUCAGCAGACGUGGAAAAGUGAGUGCUUCUGCUCCAUCCUUUCCUGCUGGACAAUGCAUCACUGUUCAAUGAACGUUAAGAUUUUUCUCCAUUGCAGUCGGAGUUACUGUAGAUGUAGAAAUGCAUUUGUGUCCUUGUAAUGUGAAACAAAGCUUCAAUCUCUAUAUAGAAAUCUUGAGAAAUCAGUAAGCCAAAAAAGAAAGGUGAGGCAGACCUUACCAUGUUUUAAUUUUGAUGGCUUUUGCUGCAAGUGGGGGAACUUCCCCUCCUUUUUUUAUUGUAUAGCAGUUGUCUUGACAUAUAUCCUUAACUGAAGCGUGGUUCAGCUGUGUCUUUAACACAGAUGUUUAAGAGGAAAAAAAAAGAAAAAAAAAGACCAACUCUGUAAAAGGAGGAAAUGAUCCUCUUAGCAAAGCAUGCUUUGACUUUUGUUGCUGCGCGUCAGCUUUAUUUAAUCCGAUAAUUUGAGAAUGGGUGGUGUGAUGUUUAGAGAGGCUUCUCUCCUGGUACCAAUGUUUAUACUUUCCAAAUGCCCUUUUUAUUGUAAUUCAACUAACUCUAGAAACAUGCCCAAAACCCAUACUUUUCCAGAGCGCAAUUUUAAUGCCCCAGUUUCUCCUGCUGAGCAUUGAGGAUGGAAAAAUGAAGGUUGGGGAAAGCGUCAGCCUGUUGCCUAAGUCGAAGCAGGUCUGUAGCACCGUUGUUCCUCCUCUUGGAGCCGUGCAGGAGAUGGGCAGCUCCAGAGCGCCCGGGCAGAGCUGCUCUCUGAACUGGACUCGGGUCCGUGCAGAGCCGAGAUGCAGCCCCGAGCUGACCGAGCAACGCUGCUCUCCGGCACUGCUAAGUGGCUUUUGGGAAGCGACAGCGAUCCUCGGAGGCCAGAGGUGCCACGUGCCGGGGUUGCGCUCCGCUGUGCUCGGGGUCCUGAAGACAAGCUAGAAAACUCAUGGAAACUUAAAAAUAUUAGAAAGAACGAAACCCCAAAAGACAAAAUAAUAGAUAACACCAUUUAUAUGUCAUGAAAUCUCCUUCCUUCCAACCUAACAGCCUGAUUUUAAAGCGGAGAGCGGGAGGAAAGUUUGCCUGUGAUUUUGAAGGUUGGGGCUUGGCUGAGUAACGUAAAACCGGAUUAGUACGUUGAAUAAGCGAGCGGAGGGGGGCAGUGAGCCACCAACUGUAGUUGACACACUGGGUUUGGAAAACCUGGCAGCACUGGAAAAAUUAAAAGCUCGUUCAAACAGCAGAUCCCUGCAUGUGUGCCACGUGCUUGCAGGGUGGGACGGCGGCAGCACAGCAGCACGGGCGAUGUUGUGCGGCGGUGCUGGUAAGGAUGAGCUUCUUUCCUCUUAAGUAUUCAUCAGCAUAUAAAAACAAAACAAAACAAAAAGCUUGAUGAGCAUUGUCGUUCCUGUUCCGCUGCUGUGAGGCUGUGUAUGGUCAGUCAACUUCAUAGACCUAAAAUACCCUGCGAUCUACCGAGAGCUGUAAGUGCCAGUAACUUCGGAAAUCAUUUUUAAGGUUAAAAAAAAAAUAAAAAAGCGGUUUUACUAGAAAAUGUUAAUUUUAUGAAUUCUACAUACAAAAAUGCUUUUAUCAAAGUGUUUCCCCGUACUGUUGAAACCCCGUCCUUUAACUUCUCUUUCCCCACCCUAUUUUAUGGAAGUUUUGCAUGUUCCUGUAAGACGUUUGUAAAAUCAAGGUUUGCUUGUGUUCCUAGAGGAUAAUCACCAGUAAAAGGAAAAAAAAAAAACAGACUGUAAGUGUGCUUUUUACCUAUAACACUAACCCCCUAAGUAU